CACACUUAAGCACGACAUUGCCCUCAAUGGAGCAGAGGGAUAGAGAAGGGGAACGAUGUUACCGGAUUGAAAUGCUGCGGGGGACUGGAAGUGGACCAGUCAGCGUGGGACACAUGGAACGAACGGACAGUUCUGCACUAAGGGAACAUCAAGAACACACUAGCACAUGUUCGUUAGGGAUUAGAGUUGGCCCAGAUGGCCACAAAAGAAACAAUCCACAAAAAACAAGAACAAAACACACGACAAACUCAGUUCAAGCUCCUCAAACACAUGGAGCAAACAGAAAAAUUAUAAAACAAAAACACUUCCUAAAGCGUAGUAUAGCGGGUUUUUAUGCCUUCUACUGUCACUCUAGGAAUUGGCCAAGUGAAACCACUUCCUAAAGCGUAGUAUAGCGGGUUUGGGUUUUAAUGUCAACCCGGGUCCUAGAUUUGAUGACUACUCGGUGAAUUCUUGUUAUCUAGCAAUGAAACUUUAGUGCAGGUAUAAACUAACAAACAAGCAAAGCAACUAAACGGUUGUUUUCAGGUUAAGAGAGGUCACCCGGAUAUGGUUCCCCCUAGACUGCAGUUAAGCCGGAUUGCAAUUACCAAGUUCAGUUUCUAUGAUAGUUAUACUGCGGAAGGUUCUUAAGCAGUCUGAAGUCUCGACUAAAGGUCUCCAGACCCUCUCAAUCUGAGUCUCUAGCGGGCGACUAACCUCCACUGGAGUAAACAGAUUGAGGCCCUAACGAACAAAACCUCCACUAUCGAAGUGAAUUCGGUACAGAAUAGUGAGUUGGCACCUCGACUAAAGUCACCAACUCCCUACCUUCAAUCAAGGAUGCUCUAUCAACCUAGGCAGAUAUUCUCAUUCUAGGUUAAAGCAGAAACAACAGGAAUUUGAUCAGGAUUCAAGCCAUUCAAUCAUUCAAACCUCAAUUGAAUAUAAUCAAAUCAUAGAAUCAGUACUUGGAUUCAUACAAUCAAACCUAACAUACAAAUCUAGGGUUUCCCAUACCCAGAUGAAUGGGAGAACUACUCCAUGGAGAAAGAAGCAAAAGCAGAUUCAGACGCGGAAAUCAUACUGUGAAGGAUGGAUUUCUGCUCCUGGACGUUGAUCGACACUUCUCCAAGCUCAAGCCAAGCUCCAAUGGUGAUGAAGAUCAAGCUAGGGCACUUGGGAACUCUUGCUCGUCGCUUUCUCUCUCUAGGAAUCGCUCUGUCUCUCUAAAACUCGAAUCCCCUUCUAUUUUAGCUGAAAUCUUCUUAAAAGGGCAUCACUGGGCAAAACAAGGUCGAGGGCACGGCCGUGUUCUGCUCCAGCCCGCCCGUGCCCUUGCCAAGUGUUAAUUACACGGCCAGCCUUUUGGGAAAAACACAGGCGUGCUUUUGGUGGACACGGCCGUGUUCUGUCUCAGUCCUGCCCGUGUUUGCUAAACCCAGAUCAAGUCUCGGCAGUAAAAGCACGGUCUAGGAACACGGCCGUGUUCUGAUUUAGGCGUGCCCGUGUUUUGGCUCCAGCUCGACCGAAUGACUUCCGAAUGCCACGAAACUCGUGCUUAGCCUUUCCUUCGACGUCUGGGACCUGAAAUAUGACAAAGUAGCACAACCCGGCGUAAAAUAGGCAAAAAAUACACGACUAUGCCCCUCAAACGGAUAAGAACUAGGGGUGCAAAUAUGUGCAAUUACAUCGUUAUCAAAUUCCCCCACACUUAACCGUUUGCUUGUCCCCAAGCAAACCAAGUCAGACACAAGGUAAGCUCAAAACUUUUCAAUCAAGCAUGCUUAAGGGCAUAUCAUAUCGGCACAAAAACGUGGAUCAUACUGGCUUUCGAUCAUUAACACAUGGACAACCUCAAUGACAACCUAGACAACCACCACAGAUGACAUUCGAAUGCAGUAAAAUCGAGCAAAGGAAGAGUCUCCCUUCUGUUCACCAACCAACAUAGACUUGACUCAACCGCUUAUUCAAAACAGUCACUUCAUGCACAAAGCUCAAGAUAUCAGAAUUAAGACAGAGCAAUCUAGGUCCUCAUUGGGAUAAAGAGUAUAGAGAAUAUGAGAAAAUGAAUCGCUCACUCUCGACCAGUGGGGUCAGGACAAUUUGAUGCGAAAAAUGCGCAUGCUUAAUCUCUCAAUCCCUAACAUCUCUUCACCAUGAAUGCAGCCUCUAAGUGCUAGAGUUCACAUAUGGGGUGUCACCACUAACUAAUCCGGAGGUCUUAAACACAGGUUCAGAUGACUGGCUAGGGUCUCGGACAUGGGAAAAAGGCCUUUUAGGUGGUGGAAGUAUUCAUAGAGCAAAAGGUUCCACAUAUCCAAACCCAACAAACUCGCAGUCAAUCAAACCAAUAACUUUCUUUCUGCUAUUCUGCAUUACUGACUCGCUAUGACACAACACCUAACAAUGGCCAAGUGUAACCAAUGGAAGGGACUGCAGUAUAGUCGAAUCCACGGGUCUCUAAAGUUACUAUUACUGAGCUUCAGUUUAUUAUUUAGCAAACCAGAUUAAGAUGAAAGAACUAAAACUACUCUAGCAAACUACAGUUAAAGUUAAUCUAAUUACAGGUUGGGACUCACUUAGGUAUGAUUCCCCCUAGCCACUAGCUAGACUAACGAUUGAUGAUUUCUAACUUGUUUCACUUUUAUUCACAAUGCGGAGAAUCCUUGACUAGACCUUGAGUCUCGACUAAAGGAACAAGGCCCUCUUGAGUCAAUUGCCUAGAGGGACGUAUCCUUCUCUAGAACAACUGAUCAAGGCAUUCUGAACUAGACUCCCUCUAUCGAAAGAGGUUCUCAAUCGAUACAAAGCAGUGAAUCAACCCUCGACUAAAGCAAUCGAUCCACUACUAUCAAUCUAUGGUGCUCUAUUGACCUAAUCAGGUAUUCCCUCUCAUAGGAUCAAAGCAGAAUCAAUAAUCUCGACUAAAGCAGAAUUGAAUCA